CACUUUUUAGAUCCGAUGCAGUUAUUGUCCUAAAUCCCUUCCUCCCACCUGAUUUUCAGCCGAAGAUAAGGAUCUGUGUGUGAGUGGCAUAAAAUGGCGGAAUCCUCGAAUCGGAGGGUGAAAGUGAAGAACAAAUCGCCGGCGGAGCAGAACGGUGGAAAAAUGUGUCUCGAUCAACUCUCGUCGGAAGUCGUCGCCACAAUAAUGACGAAACUUGAUGUAUCUUCGAUCUGCGCCAUCUCCCUCACUUGCCAAAGCUUUCGCGUUUGCGCUCAAGAAAUUUUCAAAUUCCUCCCAAAUUUCCACCUUCUCGAAAUUGCACCCCCAAUUGAUCGUUUACGAGGGUUGUUGCUACCGAACGCUUCGCUUCGAAGCCUAAAACUAGACUGUAGGAGGCUGAAUGAAUCUUCGAUCGAUUAUCUUCUUCAGCCUGGAUUGCUUGAACUGUCGCUUCGGAAUUGCUUCAAAUUUAGCGGGAGGCUUCUUUCUGAGGUCGGAGCACGAUGCAAACACCUAAGGUCUCUGUAUGUGAGUUCUAUAGCUGAUAAUCGAGGACACUUACAUGAUGUUUGUGACCUAGAAGAGUUACUCAGGGGUUGCACUCAAUUGGAAGAACUUAUUUUAAUGUUUGAUGUCUCAAUAUUUCGGCGUCCCGAUUUCGCACGUGUAUGGACUUUAGCUUCCACAAAACUCACUUACCUUCAAAUCGGAUACAUAACUCAGUUAAUGGUAACCGAGUUGCUAACCCCAACAACAUCGCCACAUCAUCAACCAAAUCAUAACAUUAACAUCCCCCCUCCCAUAUUUCCAAACAUCCAUAAACUCUCCCUUUCAGUCGAUUACAUUUCCAACACCAUGAUCAACAUAAUCUCAUCAGCUCUCAUCCACUUAACCCAUUUAGACCUUCGCGAUCAACCCAUUGUAGAACCCGGACUCACAUUCGACCUUACAGACGAAGGCCUUCAGUUACUCGACAAACACGGAAGAUUAAAACACCUCUCACUUAUCCGUAGCCAAGAAUUCAAUCCAACUUUCUUCAGACGAGUUACAGAUCAAGGCAUUUUAUUCAUGGCUGACAGAUGUACAAGCAUCGAAGCGAUAUGUCUCGCGGGGUUCUGCCAGGUCACCGAUACCGGUUUCAAAACUUUACUCCACGCGUGCAAAAACCUAUACAAACUCAAAGUCUUCAACGGGACCCGCAUGACCGAUCUUGUUUUCCACGACAUGUACGCCACUUCCCUCGCGUUGACUCUCGUGAGCUUAAGAUGUUGUAACCUCUUAACGAAUUCAGCCGUUUUACAAUUAGCACUUAAUACGGAUCUCAGUGUGCUUGACUUUAGAGACUCUAGAAACAUCGGUGAUAAAGCGGUUGAAUCCAUUAGCAAACUUCCGAAGCUUAAAACUUUGUUGUUAGAUGGAACAGAUGUGAGCGACGUGGGUUUGUCGUAUUUAAAUAAAGGUGAAAAUAGCACUUUGGUUAAGUUAUCAAUUAGAGGGUGUAAGAGGUUGACAUGUAGGUGUAUUUCUUCUCUUUUUAACAAUGGGUCGAAUCGGGGAUUACGGGAGUUGGAUUUGUCUAAUUUACCGGAUCUUACGAAUGCGGGUGUGCUUUUGCUUGUGAAGAAUCGGAUUCCGCUUGUUGACCUAAGGAUGCGACAGUGUCCGCUCAUCGGUGACAUGGCGGUGAUGGCGUUGGCGUCGAUGACGAUGGCAGAUGGUGACAGGUGGCAUGGGAGUAGUUUGAGGUCGUUGGAUAUUUAUAACUGUGGUGGGAUUUCGAAGCUUGGUUUUCAGUGGUUGAAGAGACCGUAUUUUCCUGGGUUGAGGUGGUUGGGGGUGGCGGCGGCUAUGAAUCAUGAGCUGGUUGAGUCGUUGGGUUUGAAUAGACCGUUUUUGCAUUUGAUGACACGUGGGGAAGAGCUUGGGACUGAUAAGUGGGAUAAUUUGGAUGAUAUUUAUAUGCAUGAUUAUGAGGAGGUUGAUGAACUUGAGCAGUGGAUUUUUCAACAAGAUGAUGUUGAUGUUGAUGUUGAUGAUGAUGAUGACGUGGAAGAUGAAAAUGAAGUGUAGGAUUCUAAAACUCUUGGUUUAAAAGACCCUGUAUGUUUUAAUUGGACUAAUGUGUGGUAGUGUAGACUUGUAGUGUUGUUAUAUAUUGUGUUUCAGUAGCCAGUGUAUGUAAUAUGUAACAAUGUAACAUGUGUAUGAAAACUGUUGCAGUUUGUUG